UUCCGGGUUGGCGGCGGCGGCGGUCGCGGGGGCGCAGGGGCCCCAGCCGGGGCGGCGCAGGAACCCCGCCGGCGGGUUGUGCGGAUCCCGGCGCCAGGGCGGGCCCGGCGCCAGUGCGCCCGCCAGGCCGCGGCGUGGGCCGGGCGCCCCGAGAGGCUUCAUGCUUCUUGGCCUCUAAAGAAAAUGGCAGAAACGUCAUCGGAGCCUUCUAGGCAGCUCGUUGUACACUCAGACACUCACAGUGACACUGUUCUGGCCAGUUUUGAGGCUCAGCGGAAGAAGGGCUUCCUCUGUGACAUUACAUUAAUCGUAGAGAAUGUGCAUUUCCGGGCUCACAAAGCCUUACUCGCUGCCAGUAGUGAAUACUUCUCAAUGAUGUUUGCUGAAGAGGGGGAGAUCGGCCAGUCCAUUUAUAUGCUGGAAGGCAUGGUUGCCGACACAUUUGGAAUCCUGCUGGAGUUUAUCUACACCGGUUGUCUCCAGGCCAGCGAGAAAAGCGCAGAACAAAUCCUGGCCACCGCUCAGUUCUUAAAGGUCUAUGACCUGGUAAAGGCUUACACGGAUUUUCAAAAUAAUCAUAGCUCCCGAAAGCCAACAACUCUGAACACUGCUGGCGCUCCAGUGGUGGUGAUUUCUAAUAAGAAAAAUGGUCCUCCGAAACGGAAGAGGGGAAGACCGAGAAAAGUGAACAGUGUGCAGGAGGGGAAAUCACAGCUGGCUGCAGAGGAAGAAAUACAGCUGAGAGUAAACAAUUCAGUUCAAAAUAGACAUAACUUUGUAGUGAAAGGGGGAGACAAUGGCAUACUGAAUGAACAGAUUCCAGCGAAAGAAAUGGAAGAGGCUGAGCCUGCCUGUGAGCCACGUAGAGGGGAGGAAACGCCAGCUGAAAAAGAUGAGAACUGUGAUCCCAAGACCCAGGAUGCGCAGGACAGCCAGAGUCGGUACAGCAAGCGGAGGAUUCGGAGGUCCGUCAAACUUAAAGAUUACAAACUUGUCGGGGAUGAAGACGAGCAGAGUUCAGCCAAAAGGGUCUGUGGAAAGAGAAAGCGCCCGGGGGGCCCUGAGGCCUGUUGUAAGGACUGUGGCAAAGUGUUUAAGUACAAUCACUUUUUGGCAAUCCACCAGAGGAGCCACACGGGGGAGCGACCUUUCAAAUGUAAUGAGUGCGGGAAAGGCUUUGCCCAGAAGCACUCCCUGCAGGUCCACGCCCGGAUGCACACAGGCGAGCGGCCCUACACCUGCACCGUGUGCAGCAAGGCUCUCACCACCAAGCACUCGCUGCUGGAGCACAUGAGCCUGCAUUCAGGACAGAAGUCUUUCACCUGUGAUCAGUGUGGAAAAUAUUUCAGCCAGAAAAGACAACUAAAGAGCCAUUACCGAGUUCAUACAGGCCACGCAUUACCGGAAUGCAACCACUGCCGUCGCAAAUUCAUGGAUGUGUCUCAGCUAAAGAAGCAUCUACGAACACACACAGGUGAGAAGCCAUUUACUUGUGAAAUCUGUGGCAAAUCUUUCACAGCAAAGAGUUCUCUUCAGACCCACAUCAGAAUCCAUAGAGGAGAGAAGCCCUACUCCUGUGGCAUAUGUGGCAAAUCCUUCUCAGACUCCAGUGCCAAGAGGAGACACUGCAUUCUGCACACGGGCAAAAAGCCCUUCUCCUGCCCCGAGUGCAACUUACAGUUCGCUCGCUUGGACAACCUGAAGGCCCACUUGAAAAUCCACAGCAAAGAGAAGCCCGCGUCGGACGCCAGCGGCGUCUCCGGCAGCCCUGACACCCAGGAGGUCAGGAGUAUUCUUCAGCUGCAGCCGUACCAGCUCUCUGCCUCUGGAGAGCAGGAAAUUCAGCUUCUCGUCACCAAUUCUGUACAUAACAUCAACUUCAUGCCCGGCCCCAGCCAAGGAAUCAGCAUCGUCACUGCGGCGAGUUCUCAGAACAUGGCGGCCGAGCAGGCUGCCGACCUCGCCCUGCUCACGCAGCAGCCCCAGCAGCUGCAGAACUUCAUCCUUUCCGCCCCUCAGGGGCAGACGGAGCACAUUCAGGGCCUCGACAUGAUUGAAAGCCAGAUGGAGCCCGCACAGACCGAGCCGGUGCACGUCAUCACGCUCUCCAAGGAAACCCUGGAACACCUUCACGCCCAGCAGGAGCAAACCGGGGAGCUCCAGUUAGCAGGUGCUUCAGAUCCGGCUCGACACCUGCAGCUGCCGCCCGCGCCCGCCCCGCCCGCCCCCCACGGGCCCCCGCCCGCCCCGCUGAGCCCCGGGCAGAGCUGACGUGGACGCACCUUGCGUCCUUGAUCUCCUCCCCACGAGCCAGCUGUGCGCUGCGAGGCGGGCCUGCUGAGAGGCUCGGCUCGCCUACAGAGCCUUCUGGAGAUGUGAGAGCGAGCGGACAGGCCUCGCGCUUUGCAUCCGGGCUCCAGGAUGUGCGCGUCCUGUCUUGGAUGCAGUCCGGAUCGGGAUUUAGCAUUCAGUACUGAUGAACCGUUUUCAUUUUCCUCUACGACAUCUCCGAAAGUCUUGGGUAAUUUUGCUUUGGGGGCAUUGAAUUAGACUUACUCUCAGUCUUGACUGUCCACGGCCACAGGUUUUGCUGACCUUUCCAAAGUAAGAACUUUGUAGAACAAAGGAAGCCCUAUAUUGGUUGAGUGGGGUAGAAUGGUUUGUUCCACUUUAUUUUUCGUAGGCAACACAGUUGCUUCUACAAGAUAAGUCACAGCUGAAUGUGAUAGAGGACAACCUUGGAGAAUCUGUCCUUUUAAUAUCUUCUGAGCCCCGACAACCGAGUCACUGUCAACAUUUAAUCUCUGUGUGGUACAGUGGGCUCUUUGUAUCCUAUUUAAGGUAGAUUCAAAAACAUAUAAACUAAAAGUCUAUUUUAACUCGAAUAUAAUAAAGUCCAAAAAGUACAGGAUUAUUUUAAAAAUUCUGAACUCAGCUUUUCUGAGAAACAUGGAUUUACAUAUUUUUUUGGAUUUACAUAUUUUUUUAAAAGCAGGUUACUGAAAAUUUAAAAGUCUAAUUAAAGUGUGAAAUCGGAUCAAGACAUUCAGCCCAUAAAUUCUCAAUUUUUGUCAGCAUUGAUACUUGUUUGAUGAAGUUAAGACUAUCUCAGUUAUCCUGAAAUAUAAAAUUUUAUUAGGUGUAAUUUAAGUGUCAAAGAUACUGAAUUCUAAUUGAUCCUGAAAAUGGUCUGUGUAUUGUGUCUGAUAACUUCCUGGAGAUGGGACCUUAUUAUACUAUAGAUUAUAGUAGGUUAAAUCUCAUAAAAUAGACACCUCAUUUUAAAAAGUAAAUAUCUUCACCUAAUCUUAAAAAUAACUUGAACUGCAGAGCCAUAGUAACCUGUCUAUAAUAACGGUAUGAUUUUAAAUAAUUGUCAAAAGUUGAAAUUAUGUGUGGGUUAGGUUUUCAAGCCCGGUGUACUUUAUUGAAUACUUUGAUUGCUUUCUCUUUAAUGAACUGAAAAAAGAGCACGGGCACUAGUAGUACAUCUAAGUUAACAAUGCGGGUGGAGAAUAGGGCUAAUCUACCCUAAAAUUAACAGGGUCCUGACAUCAGUUACUUUCUUGCUUUAGACACCUUAAUUUCUACCUGAAUCAAGGUUUUUUUGGAGGUUAAAGUAAUAGAAUUCUUCAGGUUUGAGAGAAGAUGAAAGCAUUUUUUUCACAUAUUUGCCAAAUUAUGUUUUAUAAUUCACAAAAUUUCUAAAAUGUGUAUCUUAAUAUGUAUCAACAAAAGUAAUGUUUAAAUCAGGCCUGACUAGAGCCAAGAUACAAUUUUUAUAAAUACCGUUAUGACCCAAAUAUUAUUUCAGGUUCUUAGUCAUUUAAACUAUUUACUUUAACUUUAUUAAAAUGCAAAGUUUUUACCAGCUUUGCAAAGCUUACUGUCCUACGGUUUCUCCAGAAGAUACACAGUAUUAACGUAAAUGAAUUUUUAACUACUCACUCUGGACAGCUGGAGAAUUAUUCAGGAAAUAUGGUCACAUAAGUCAAGUUUAACUAGCUUUAUGACAGUUUACCUAACUGCACUAGGAGAAAUAGAAUGUGGGCCACAUGUAAUUUUAAAUUUUCUAGUAGCCACAUUAAAAACAAAAAGGUGAAAUUAAUUUGAAUAAAAUUUAAUCCAACAUUUGCCAAAUACCAUUUCAACAUGUAAACAAUAUAAAAACAUAUUAAUAAGAUUUUAUAUUCUUCGUAUUAAGUCUUCAAAAUCUGGUGUGUAUUUUCCACUUAGUGCACAUUCAAUUUGGAUGCUAAUGUUCUUCGGACAUACUUGAUCUGUAUUCAGAGUUCAUACAGUUUACAGUUGAAAGCCUAGAUUCACAUACAGUUGCAGACAUAAUUUUUUUUCAAUAACUGAAACAAUUAUUGGUUUAACUUUACAUUAAAAUUAAAACCUGGGGCACCUGGCCAGCUCAGUUCGAAGAGCAUGUGACUGUUGAUCUCUGGGUCAUGAGUUCAAGCUCCACGUUGGGCA